ACAAUAAUUUGGGCCAUAAGGAAGGGAAGUCCAAGACAGAAGAGAGCCUGUAUUGGAGUUGGAGGGGGUAUACGGUGGGUUUAGCAUCACAACCAUUCACCACUGUUCUUCCCUGCAGUCGCGCUAGCCCCCCUGUUUCUCUCUUAAAUCUCUGCCCCAACUACUUUUUUCAGGUAUGCUCCCAACAAAAACUAUAAAAAACCCAACUUUGCCGCUUUUCUAUAUAAUCUAUCCGCUCUUUAGUUAAGCUUUCAAUCUUUUUUUAUGAGUUAUUAUUAAUUUUCUGGUUCAGAUUAUUAUUAUAUAUGUUUAUGUGAGAGUGUUAAGCAAUGGCAAUAGGCCCUGCUUCGUCUCUGUUUCGUGCUUAUGCUUCUAAGAAACACGUUUCAAGGAUUAGGGUAUUGCUAUGUAAUCAAUAUCUCGCUCAACCUCACCCUUUGCUAACUCAAAAUUCCUCAAAGACUCCACCUUUUCGAGUCCAAAACCGUUCUUUUUUUAAGGGUUUGAUUGGUAAAAAGUGUUUUGGAUUACUUUCCCAAAGAGAUAUUUUUCUGGGUAGUGAUGGUUUUGAUGUGAAACCCUUUUCUUCGGUUGUGGAUGAUGUGGACGAAGAUACUAAUGUUAAAAGUGAAGGUUCAGUCUCUGAAUUUGAUGCUGAUAUGGGGCAAAUUGUUGACCUUGAUAAUGAAAUUGGGGGCAAUGUGAUUGCUUGUGAUUCGGUUAUUUCCAAUGAACAAGAAGAUGAUGAUGAUUAUGGUGUUGAUGUUGAAAUUGAUGAGAAUUGUAAUUCUGAUAUGGUUGAAUUGGAGAAGAGUGAGGGUUAUGUUCAUGUUCAGUAUCGUGAUCCUGUCGAAUUGUAUCGAGAGCUUCGCAAUGCUGAGAAGGGCGCGAAACAGAGACGGUCUGAUUGGGAUACACUCAAAGAAAUAUUUAAUUUGUUGGGAAAAUCAGGUUGGGCAUCUGAUCAAGCUCUUGCCAUUUACAUUGGCAAAGCUUUUUUCCCUACUGCUGUGCAAAAAUUUAGAAACUUUUUCUUCAAGAAAUGCUCAGCUGAUAUUGCCAAGUAUUUGGUAACUCUUGGCCCAUCAGAUGCAGCUGUUAAGUUCUUGUUCCCAAUAUUUAUUGAGUUUUGCUUAGAAGAGUUUACUUCUGAGAUCAAACAGUUUAAGAGUAUGAUUCAGGCAGCUGAUCUCACUAAGCCACACACAUGGUUCCCUUUUGCACGAGCUAUGAGGCGUAAGAUCAUAUACCAUGUUGGUCCAACCAACAGUGGUAAAACUUAUAAUGCCUUGCAAAGAUUUAUGGAGGCAAAGAAAGGUAUUUAUUGCAGUCCUCUCAGAUUAUUGGCCAUGGAAGUUUUUGACAAGGUGAAUGCUCUUGGUGUGUAUUGUAGUCUUCUUACUGGUCAGGAAAAGAAGCAUGUUCCAUUUUCGAAUCAUGUUGCUUGCACUGUUGAAAUGGUUUCCACAGAUGAAUUGUAUGAUGUUGCUGUUAUUGAUGAAAUACAAAUGAUAGCAGACCCACAUAGAGGUUAUGCGUGGACUCGUGCAUUGCUUGGAUUGAAAGCUGAUGAGAUACAUUUGUGUGGAGACCCGAGUGUUCUGAAUAUUGUUCGUAAGGUCUGUUCCGAUACUGGUGAUGAGUUGUGUGAGCAGCAUUAUGAGAGAUUUAAACCAUUGGUUGUGGAAGCAAAGACACUCCUAGGUGAUCUUAGGAACGUUCGGUCUGGAGACUGUGUGGUUGCAUUCUCUAGAAGAGAGAUAUUUGAGGUUAAAUUGGCUAUUGAGAAGCACACUGAUCACAGAUGCUGUGUAAUAUAUGGUGCUUUGCCACCAGAAACUCGUAGGCAGCAAGCGAAUUUGUUUAAUGAUCAAGAUAAUGAAUUUGAUGUUCUUGUUGCAAGUGAUGCAGUGGGAAUGGGCCUGAAUCUUAAUAUUAGGAGGGUUGUAUUUUAUACCUUAUCGAAAUUCAAUGGUGAUAAGGUUGUUCCAGUUCCAGCUUCCCAGGUGAAGCAGAUUGCUGGAAGAGCUGGUCGAAGGGGAAGCCGCUAUCCCGAUGGACUUACUACCACAUUGCAUUUAAGUGAUCUAGAUUACUUAAUUGAGUGUCUGAAGCAACCUUUUGAUGAAGUUAAGAAACUGGGACUCUUUCCUUUCUUUGAGCAGGUUGAGCUGUUUGCAGGAAAACUCCACAACUCUUCAUUCUGCCAGCUACUUGAAAAAUUCGGUGAAAAUUGCCGUCUUGAUGGAUCAUAUUUCUUGUGUAGACAUGAUCAUAUCAAAAAGGUUGCAAACAUGUUGGAGAAGGUUCCCGCGUUAUCACUUGAGGAUCGAUUCAAUUUUUGCUUUGCCCCGGUUAACAUCAGGGACCCAAAGGCUAUGUAUCAUCUUCUGAAGUUUGCUUCCUCAUAUGGUCAGAGUAUUCCAGUCAAUAUUUAUAUGGGCAUGCCUAAGGGUUCUGCUAGUAAUGACAAAGAGCUCUUGGAUCUUGAGACUAAGCAUCAAGUUUUGUCUAUGUAUCUGUGGUUGGCACAACACUUCAAGGGAGAUAAUUUUCCAUAUGUGAAGAAAGUUGAGGCAAUGGCUACAGAUAUUGCUGACUUAUUGGGGAAAUCUCUUGUUAAAGCUAAUUGGAAACCUGAGGCAAGAAAUGCAGGGAAACCAAAGCCUCAACAGAAGGCAGAUGGUUAUGAAAGGCCAUUGUCACUCAUUAAACAAUAUGAUCAGGAAAGACACGAAAGGUUCCUACAACACAAGCCGUCAGAGAAAGUAAUUGCUUAGCUUGUUGCAGGAGCUUAUUAUUUGUAGGUGACUGAUUCAAUGUUCACAACCAAUGAAACUGAGCGUAGCCUGCAAUGCUGUAUUUUAGUUUUGGUGAGGAGAGAACAUACUAGCUUGUAAAGUGAAAUUUUUGUAGUCAAAAUCUUAGAUAGAGCAUAACAACAUGAGACCUUAGUAUUUUUCCAUCAGCAGACUGUGAAUGCUGAAUGCAAAAGCCAAUGUUCACUAGACAUGGUGUCAUAAACACAAUUUUGAUUCGCAAGUACUAGAGAAAAGAUGUUAUUUAUGAAGAUCAGAGAUAAACGGUUGUUGUUCAAGAGUCGAUUUUUGCUAAUAAUAAUACUGAAACAGAUGUAAUUGGAAGAAACGAAAAACCAUGCAUUGUAAAUUCAA